AUGGCAUCGAAAUCACAAGAUCUAUCACCUAUCCCGAUUAAUAUAUUGAAGAAUAUCACCGAUAAGAAUAACGAUAGAAGAAAGAAUGGAGCACAGGAAGUCGAGCAGCUGGUCAGAGAGUUGCAUGGCAACGCGCAAGACAACACCAUUAAAUCGAUCAUAAAGAUAUUGUCGCAGGAUUUCACAGAUUCAUCGCAAGGACACAAUAAGAAGGGUGGACUCAUCGGUCUGGCUUCGGUUGCAAUCGGACUCGGUCAAGAUGCAAACGAUUACAUUCAGGAGAUCAUUCCACCGGUACUCAGAUGCUUCAUCGAUCACGACAGUCGUGUUCGUUUCUACGCGUGUGAAUCACUCUUUAACAUUGCAAAGGUCAUCAGAAACAAGAUACUGUUGUUCUUCAACGAGAUAUUCGAUGCACUCUGUAAGUUAUCGGCCGAUCCCGAUCCACAAGUGAAGAACGGUGCACAGCUAUUCGACCGUCUACUCAAAGACAUCGUUACAGAGAGUACAACAUUUGACAUUGAUAAAUUCAUUCCAUUACUCAAAGCAAGAAUCUAUGUCAUCAAUCCAUUCUGUAGACAGUUCAUUGUUGGAUGGAUUAUCGUUUUGGAUAGUGUACCAAAUAUCGAUAUGCUAUUGCAUCUUCCAAAGUUUUUGGAUGGUUUAUUCAAGAUGUUAAGAGAUCAAAAUAAGGAAAUUAGAGUCGAUGCAGAUAAAUCAUUGUCAGAGUUUCUUAGGGAGUUACAAACAGCUGAAGACGUUGACUAUGAAAAUAUGGUAAAGAUUAUUGUACCACAUUGUGGAUCUACAGAUGAAUUCACUAGAUUGAGAGCAUUGGCAUGGAUCAAUGAGUUUAUCAUAGUUGGACGUGAGAAACUACUGCCAUACACACCUCACAUACUCUCUGGUAUCCUUCCGAAUCUCUCACAUCAACUCACAGACAUUGAGAAUAUCGCAACCAAUUCAAUGACACUUUUACAUAAAUUAGUUAUGCAAACAAAUCAAACCAUUCCUAUCAAAGAGUUUCUUCAUAUUACUACACAUCAUCUAUCAAGUAAUGCAGUACAAUCUAGAUUGUCGUCUUUGAAAUGGAUUCUAAUGUUGCAUAAGAAGCUGCCUACUGAUAUCUCACCAUAUCUUGCGGAUCUUUUCCCGAUUUUGUUGACUACUUUGUCGGAUCCAUCCGAUGAGGUUGUUACAUUGGAUCUAGAGGUGAUUGCAAAGAUCUCAUCUGACAAUACAGUGUUGUUCGAUCGUUUAAUGCAGAGUCUUAUUCAGAUGUUCCGCUCCGAUACCAUUCUAUUAAAGUCACGUGGUAGUUUCAUCAUCAGACAGUUUUGCUUGUUCCUGAAUGCAGAGCUGAUCUUCCGUCGUCUCUCGCUCAUCUUGAAAGACGAAGUCGAUCCUGAUUUCGCUAGUGUAAUGAUCCAAACACUCAACUUAAUAUUGUUGACAUCCGAUGAGUGUAUGGACAUGAGAAAGAACCUACGUACUCUAUCAUCACCAGAGAGUCGUGAUCUCUACUCGACACUCUACAAAUCAUGGGCACACAGUCCUGCUUCUCUUCUCAGUCUCUGUAUGUUAUCACAAGUAUAUGUUCAUGCUUGUGAUUUAUUAGCUAAAUUUGCUGAGAUUGAAAUAACAGUAAACUUUUUAAUGGAAAUGGAUAGAUUAAUUCAAUUAAUAGAGUCACCUAGAUUUAUGUCAUUGAGAUUACAAUUAUUAGAACCAGAAAAGUAUCCUUCACUCUUUAAGUUACUAUAUGGAAUCUUAAUGAUUCUUCCACAGAGUUCUGCAUUUGAAACUUUAAAGAGUAGAUUGACUUGUAUAUCUUCACUUGGAGUAUUGAGACUAGUAGAGAAAAGUGAGAAUCAAGAUGGAAACAAUGUUAAUAACAAUCCUGAUUUGAAGGAUAUCGACUUUGAUGCAUUGUUGGUUCACUUUAAAGAGGUUCACAGCGGACAUGAAUUGUAUAUUAGAAAGCAUGCACAAAGAAAUGCAGUGUCGACACAAGACGCCAAACCAGUGACUGCUGGUUCACACACCAAGGAUUUACCAUAUGGAUUGCAAAACUAUAUAAACAAAAAGAUUGCCUCGGAACAAACCUCACCACCCACCAAAUCAGAACAGCAUUUGCCUCUCUCUGUAUCACAGCCACUCGAGUCUCUAAGUGGAUUGUCAUCAUCGUUACCCCAUUAG